AAGCAAAUGUCAACUACAAGUUGACAACUUAAAUACUAAGUAACCAUGGAGACUGAUUUCUUCACUAUGAAAAGUAGUUCUUGAAAACAAUGCUGUUGGCAGCCAUAGCAUCAAUCAAGCACAAGCGAGAGAAAGAGAACAGAAAAGUUAAGAAAAAAAUAGUAUGGGGAAGUGUAUUUUUAUAGUUUAAUCACAUUUCUUCUAAAUGUAGACAUUUAUUGACUUAAUUUUUGAGGUUUAAGUGUAACUUUUUUGUGUUUUUGGGGUGUUGUCUCAGUGUUUCCAGUUUUUGAAAUAUUUCAUCAUAAAAACAGAAUCUCGAAAAAAGUUAGGUUAAGCAAAACUACCUCAUGCUUUGAUGAAAAUAGUAAGGAUUUAACACCAUGGCAUCAAAUAAUACCAAUGUUUCGGCUGUGAUGAGUGAGGUAGGCCUCAUCAUAAAAAAAUGGGAAGACGAGCAACAUCAACAUAUGUAUGAUCCUGUCCCAACUUUGACCAGGUUGGCAGAAAUAGUAGAAGUAGAGACUGAAAAUUACUUAAAGAUGGAUCCUGAUCCUUUCGAUGAACGUCAUCCUUCACGAAUAGAUCCCCAUUGCCUUUUAGGUCAAGUUUUAAAAGUGAUUUUUAAGAAAGAUAAUUUUAGUAGCAAACUUAUUAACGAUUACCUUCGCGACACAUAUUAUUCCAGAAAUGGGGUUAGCGGGAGAGAUGUGGAUCAGUUGAACAUUGCUGCAUGUAGGUUAUUGCUUGAUAUCAUGCCAGGAUUGGACACUACUGCAGUGUACCAGCCCGAAUCAGAUAGUCUGAUCCACCGCCUAAUAAAAUGGGUAAUGAACUCCGUUGAGCCUCUCCAAAGUUACGCCACAGGUCUUCUCGGAGCCGCUAUGGAAAUUCCGGAAAUAGCAGCUCGGUUCAGAGAACAGAAUGCAAAAUUGGUGCCCCUUUUGCUGCAGAGACUUAGGAGAUUAAAAACCAGUUCAGGAUUUGCUCCGCCCACUAGCAGACCUUUCGCCCAUCUCUCUGCAAUGAGAUCACCGCCUUAUAGAGGAGAUGGAAGGAUUACGUCGGCAGUACGAUCUAUUGCUAGAGAAAAUGGUAUUCAUUCGGCAGAGAAUUCACAGACUGGAAGUCCUUCCACUGCAAGAGAAUCAACAGAUCUAGAAAAUGACAGGAAAAGGAAAAAGAGCACAGAAACACAAACACCUUUAAACUUACAGAACGACAUUUUAGAGACCGUCGAUCCUGAAAUAAUACCUCCUGCGAAAAAACGACAACGGAUAGAGCGAUCCAAUUCAACGACAGACCAGUUUACAGAGCCAGUAUACCUAGGAAGCCCCCAAAAAUCCAGCACCCUCUUUGCUGAAACCAGCAACUCUUCGUGGGCGGAACUGGAGAGUUUUAUGAUAGGCACACUUCAAAUUUUCCCGCCAAACCUCGCCACGAGACAAAUACUAAUAUUGAGAUAUUUGACAUCUAUAGGAGAUCAACAAGAAUUCCUUAGUCAUGUUUUCGAACACGACGCUUUAGAAUUAAUAUUAUGUUACAUCAAUGUCAGAGUUACCAAAGAAGCACGACUAGCAUUUGAAGCCUUGAAGUAUCUUUCAGCCUUGCUCUGCCACAAGAAGUUUUCCAUUGAAUUUAUCCAGUGUAAAGGACUAGAGAUAGUACUAGAAAACAUUCCCCGGCCGUCCAUAGCAGCCACAGGCGUAUCGAUGUGUUUUUACUACUUGGGUUACUGCGAAGAGGCCAUGGAAAGGGUCUGUUUGUUGCCAAAACACGUCAUUAGCCACUUAGUCAAGUACGCUCUGUGGUUGUUAGAAUGUGCUCAUGACUCUGGAAGGUGCCAGUCGAUCAUGUUCUUUGGUUUGACGUUCCAAUUCAAAGUUAUCGUGGAUGAGUUCGAUCUGCAGGAUGGGCUGAGGAAACUGCACAACGUGAUCGCAACGUUGCCAAUUUUACAUCCAGAUUCCGAUAGAGCAUUAUUGAAUGAAGAAGUUGAAAUAUCUUAUCGACAAAUCGUAAGGCACGUUUGCGUGGCUUACCGAAGGUAUCUAGAAGUUCAUUUAUACCAAAAAGUGGAGUCGAUCAGACGAUCGCAGUUGAGGCCUAACGAAAGACUGGCAACAAUGCUUCAACCAUCAUUUAAGGCAUGUAAAUCAUCCCCUGAAGAAAUCCAACAACAAAUCGACAUGCUGUUUCAAAUAAUGCCGUACAGAAGCCACUGGCACCCUGUCGAUCAGCUGCUCAAACUCGGUGGCAUCACGUUACUUUUGAAAAUUAUAGCGUUCGCCUAUGAGUGGAACUAUAGCGGACGAGCGGAGACGGUCAGGAGUGCUUUGGAUGUUUUGGCGAUUUCUUGCGUGAUGCCCAAAGUUCAGUUGUUGUUCUGUGACAGGGUGGACUUGCCAGAAGAAACUUUAACUGUGGGUAUUAACAUCAUAUUGGGCGCUGCAGAAGGUGAGAUUGUUGCGGAUGCCGAUGUUCAAAAAGCUGCAUUGAGGGUUAUAGGAAACUGCGUCUGUGCGCCAAUAAGUAGGGUUGGCGGUACACUUGGUCGAUUUUCUUCGGGAACAACGAGCUCCCCGAACAAAAAAUUGAAGUACAAGAGCUCCGAGGACCUCAUCCAGAAAGUAUGGGAUUGCGUACGUUCCAACAGCGGUAUAAUGGUGCUCCUUCAGCUGAUGCAAGUUAAAACGCCCAUAACAGAUGCCGACUGCAUCAGAACGCUGGCGUGCAAAGCUUUGGCAGGUCUAGCCAGAUCAGAAACGGUGAGGCAGAUAGUGUCCAAGUUGCCUUUAUUUACAAGUGGGCAGUUGCAAGGUCUAAUGAGGGAUCCCAUUUUACAAGAAAAACGACAAGAACACGUACUCUUUCAAAAGUACGCGUUAGAGCUGCUGGAGCUACUCUCAGGUCAAGGAAGACACACGGACAACAAUUUAGAGGCAUCUUUAGCUAACAUACACAGAGCAAGCGUCGUAGCUCAAACGAAGAUACAGUUCAAUGAUAGACAGUUACUUCAACUCAUUCAUCAGCAUUUGGUCCAGAAGGGUUGUAUAGACACUGCUGGACUGCUGGUAAAGGAAGCUAAUCUAAGUCAUGCUAUAACAUCUGUAAGUUCACAGCAUCCGACCAGAUUUAGAUAUUCAUCUACAUUGACACCUUCUAGAGUAAGUCGACUGUCAAUUUCUUCGCCUAAACCACCUCCAAUAACUCCAUCCACGGACAGCACACUUGCACUGAACAAUUCACAGAAUGCAUCGUUGUCUAUCAAAUUGAUCAAAAAAUCUCAAACAUUACCAACGUUUCCAACGACUCCAACCCACAAUUCCCGCCUUCAGAAACAGACCAGCGGAGAACCGCAAAUUUGGGGCGGAAUGCAUGAGGAUGUGUCUCCUUCUUCGGAGCAACCGAGAGUAACGUUAGAUUCGAUCAUCACCGAAUAUCUCACCAACCAGCAUGCCUUGUGUAAAAACCCCAUGGCUACCUGUCCGCAAUUUAACUUAUUUGUACCUCAUAAAUGCCCCGAUCCCAAACCCAGGAUAACCACUGCCAACAACUAUGUGCUGAGAAGUGCCCGAAAACAAAUAGGAUAUAACUCGAAAACCAUGGAUCGGAGGUUCGUCCACUCCAGAUUUUGUCCAGUACAAACUAUCAAGUCCUCAAUGGAAGAGGGAUUCUUUACGUGUGCCAAAUUUAUGCCCGGACAAAAGACAUUAGCUGUAGGAGAUUACAAUGGAGAAGUCCACAUCUUCAACCUACACAAAGGAAGCGUAGUCAACUUAUUCGCUGCCCACGAUAACUACAUAGUUAAUAUUGAACCAAAUAGGACGGGUGAUUUUAUGCUUACCAGCUCUACGUGGGGGUCACCUGUCUCCGCUUUAUGGGAUUUGAGUAGUUUCUCAUUGAAGAUGACUUUUAACGAAGAAGAGCAUGUAGAAUUUAGUAAAGUUACCCAAGAAAAAGUGAUAGGAACAAAAGGAGAGAUAGCCACGAUAUUCGAUAUCAACACAGGACAGUCGUUAAUGAAACUUACACCCCGAAUAUCUAAUCAAUAUACUAAAAACAAGGCCACCUUUAGCUACAAUGACGAAUUAGUAUUAUCAGAUGGUGUUCUUUUUGAUGUAUCGUCCGGAAAACCCAUCCACAAACUGGAUAAACUUAAUCCGAUACAAAGUGGAGUGUUCCACCCCAACGGACUAGAGAUAGUAUCAAAUACUGAAGUCUGGGACAUUAGGACAUUCCACCUUUUAAAGACAGUUCCUGUUCUUAAUCAGUGUUCCAUAAUCUUUUCUCCCGUAAACACUGCUAUAUAUGCGAUAGCGUUGGAACAAGAGAUGGAUGAUGGAGAUUCAGCGUUCGAUACAAGUUUUAAAACUGUGGAUGCCAUCGACUACGCCAGUAUAACCACCUUCGAUGUAAAAAAGAGCAUCUACGACCUAGCCUGUGAUAAUUUCGACACCCAAAUAGCAGUGGUGGAGAACCAAGGAUUAUACAACUCAGUGCAAGAGUCCGCCGUCAGAGUCUACGACGUAGGCCGAAGAAGAGACGACGAAGAUGAGCAGGAAGAAGACGAAGAGGACAGUAUGGAAGGGAGCGACGAUUCAGAAAAUGACGAUGGAGAUGGCGACAACAACGAUAACGACGAUAACAAUGAUGAUGAUGACGGCGACGAUAACGAUAACGACAGCGACGCAGAGAGUUGGACGAGUCUGUCAAGCGGUGGGUCAGGAGACAAUUUAGAUUUUGGCGCCUUACUCGCGUCACUGUGAGCCCUAUAGAAGUUCUGGAAAUGUUUCUAUUUUUCCUCGUUAUAUCUGUAUGAGGGAGGUGAUUUUUUGAUAAACGUAAAAUGAGUGAUUUUGUAUUGUAUAUAUGAUGUAAUCAUUGAGACCUAAAAGUUUUGAGCGUUUUGCAAAUUCCGUACAGAUUUAAUAUUUAUAUAAAAGAUUUAAACUUAUUUUUUGUAUUUAUAAAAACAAUUUUGUAAUUAUUUAUUUAUGUAAUUUUCAAUCUGGUUAUAAAACAGAGCAUAGGUAAUCAAUAUUAUUGUUAUAUUGCUUCAUCUUAUGCAAUAUUAUCAAUAUGUUGCAUGAUAUUUUAUAUUUUGUAAUAUUUUCAUAAAUAUUUGCACAAUAAUUGAAAUUGUGUAAUACUAUUGUGCAUUUAUUGCACAAUGAUGCAUAUGGGGCUGUAUUCUAACCAGCUCUUACGACAGUAGUUCUUAUAAAGUUAUUGUGCAACUUAUCAUGCAUAGUGAGAGUAUUUUGUUGCACAUUAAUGGAUGUUGUGCAAUAAUGAUUAAUAUUUUCUACAAUAAUCAAACUUGUAGAAUCUAUUAUACAUUUUUGCAUAAUUAUGACUAAUUUAUUGCACACUUUUUAAUAUUAUUCAAUAUUUACUCAGAUUGCAAUAUAGUUCAGACUAAUCGAUCUUGGACAAUAUUGUCAUCGGUAUAUUGAACAAUAAUUUAAAAAAAUGUAAGAAUACUUGGUUUGGGUCAGUCGAUUUGGCAAAAUUUCAACGGAAUAUAAAAUUUUACUUCUUAUUAUAUAUCGUAUAUUUCUACCUAUUUUUUUCUCGUUCUGGAGAAAUGGUUAUUUCAAUAGAAAAUGAUACAAAGAAAAUUUGAAAUUUACGAAAAAAAAAUAGAAGAGUCAUUAGAUUUAAUUAUUAUUACUUUGUAAAUAUUUUAAACCCCUUUUUGUUACGCUUUUUGAAUACUUCCUCGAAAAGGCUUAUUUUUCUCUUAUUUUGUAUUAGAACUGAUAAUACUAAUGCAGAACUUGACUUCUGUUUCUGAAAGAUCAACAGUGAAUCAAACGUUGUGCAAUAUAUCGAUGAUAAUAUUGGUUCUCUGGGAGCCGCUUAUCCAUCUUUGUUAUAUCCAAAUUAAAUCAUAUAUGUUGCUUGGUCUUGUUUAAUUCAUAGAUCAUAUCUCUAUUGUUUGUCAUCUGUCAUUUGUCAUCAUCAGUACAUUCUCAUGAAACCAUCAUAAUCUUCACAGUUGUUAAUUUUAUUAAAUAUUUUAUUAUUUCUCAAUUUUAAGCAUUGUAAACCUAAUUCUUAAGACAAAAAAUAUCAAUCAAUCAGGACCGUUCUGUUGAACAUUUUACCUAAUUGUUAAAUUUGAACUGCGUUCGUAGAUGCUAUUACUAUAUUUUGAGCCAACCUUUUCGUAUGACUUCACUUUCGAUGGAUGUUCCUCACCAUUAUCCCAACAGUUUAGAUAAAUAUACCACUAUUUCGUCAAAUUUUGGACACUUAAAAACAAAUGAUUAUUUUUCUUCUCAUUGAUAACUGUUUGCCACAGUGUCACGUAACGCAGUGCCACUAUUUCCCAUUGUCUCACUCCCAUUUUCUCCAGAUCUUCUCUGACUGCAUCUUUACCUUUUUCUAGGCCGUCCUACAGACCUUCUCCCAUAACGCGUAUCACAUGCCCUGUCCAUCUUAGACUAUUGGCCUUGAUAUAUCUGACUAGAUUUUACUUUCCGAAGAGCCAGAAGCCGCUACAGAUAAAAUGUUUUACCAACCCAUUAUUCAUUCAGUAUUAGUCGACGGAUAUUAGUACAGUUAAAAUAAUUAAGACGAUAACUUUACGAUAAUGAUUUAAUGAGUGCAAUUUAAAGUUUUUCUACUUUAAUGACAAAAAAGCAAGCUCAUGCAAGCUCGUGGUUCAUUAACAGAACCCAAUUAAAAAUUAUUUUGAACAUUAUUAUAUUUUAAUUGGCAAAAUGUUAUUGUAUCUGCGCCUUCAUUCGUUUGUCACGCUGUCUCUGCAAGGCCAUACAUAUAUCACUCGAAGAAUUUUACGUUCCCACACCAGCAAUUUGUUUAUUGUACCCUCGGAGAUCGCUGGGAAAAUGUACACUCAAAAUAACAAAAUUCAGUUUGGCAACACUGUGUGAAUGUUGAUAGUAACAUAUCGCUUUUAAGAUAAACAGAACUGUAAUUUAGUUCAGACAAAUUAAUAUAUUUUUUUGCCAACAAAAAUGAGAUUUUUCAACCAAAUAAUGUUUCAAAUAUGAUGUGCAAAAUAAUUUUUAAUUGGGUUCUGUUAAUGAGCUUGCUUUUUUUGUCAUUAAAGUAGAAAAAACUUUAAAUUUCACUCAUUAAAUCAUUCGUAAAGUUAUCGUCUUAAUUAUUUUAACUGUACUAAUAUCCGUCGACUAUUUCUGAAUGAUUAAUGGGUUGGUAAAACAUUUUAUCUGUAGCGGCUUCUGGAAUGUCUUAAAAAUAUCGAAUUUCAUUGAUAAAAUGCGCAUAUCCCACCGAUCUUCGCUUCGAUCAUACUUACUUUUUUGUUAGCGUCCAUGUUUUGCUUCUAUACGCGACUGCUGGUCGUAUUAUAUCUGGAUUUUUGCACCUUGUGAGAGAAGACAAAAACCAUGUUCAUUGUCAUCUAUACAUUCAGUAAUCUAUGAAAUAUGCUAUUAACUAUUUCUUUAUUAAUGCCAAACCUAACUAGGAAACGCAAAGUUCUUGAUCAAAAGUUUUAGUAACAUUUUUCAUAACCGUCCUUCAGGCUAGAAAUGAUAUGUUGAGUUAUUGUCUUCCAAAAGUUGUCGGAUACUGCCAAAUUUCUUUUUCCUAAAAUGAUUUUUAUGAUAAUUUUAAAGGUAUCAAACCGCUCAAAACUUUACUGUAAAAAGUUGGUGUUUUGUAACGAGUUUUCCUUAAAUUGUCGGCCGUACAAGGUUUUCCUUUGUUUUAUUGUAUGAUUGUAUGUAAUUGUUUAAUUUUGUAAAUAGAGCUUGUAUCUAAGAUUAAAUUAUGAACAAGUGACGUACUUUUAAUACCUAGUUGAAAAAUGUUAAGAGGAAGUCAAUAAAACUAGUUUGUAUUA